AUGAGUUUUCCGGGCAGGCAUUCCUUUACCCAGUUUAUAGAACAACUCAAUGAAAAAGCAAACAAAUAUUGCAUUUGUUGCCUAGAAAAAGAAGCCACUUCCUUUGAAGAAGCGCUUGUGAAUAAUAAAGAAAGAGAGAAUAAAAUUUUAAGUAGAGAAGAAGAUCCACCAGGUCCACCAAAUAAUCAAUUAAAUACAGAAGCUAAUGAAGAACCAGUGAGUAGCUUAAAUGAAACUGAUAGUGAAC